UGUGUGGUUAUCGUGUGGCUGGCUCACCACACGGGAUGCUGCUUAUUAUUGGCGAACGGGGGUUGAUAGUCGUUGUGUUCGUUUUACCGCUUGACUAACCUUCACCGUGAUCGACUCGUGAUAGUACUCGGCCCGAAGUGAUAGAGCGGUUCAUUGCCAGUGUGUUGCCUUAUCGGAGGUGUUGUGUCGUAUUGUGCGCGGAGCAGCGCGGAACACGGAUGUCAGUGUUUUGCCAGUGACCGGCCGGUGUACACAGUGAUGCAGGUGAACAUUGGACAGUUCUUUGCCGAGCAUGAUAUCGUACCGGUGCUGAUCGAUCGGGCACCGGACGCAUUCGCUAAGGUGGUGUACCGUGCGAAAAAGUUGGUAGACGCCGGUAAGGAACUGACACCGGCCGAGGUGCGUGAUGAACCGAAGGUUGAGUGGUAUGCCGAUCCAACGGAGCUUUAUACGCUCGUCAUGAUCGAUCCGGAUUCGCCGAGCCGUAUGGAACCGUGGAAUCGGGAGUUUGCCCACUGGCUGGUGGGUAACAUCCCCGGACGGCACGUGCAGAACGGCGAGACACUGUUCGAGUACAUUCCGGUAUUUCCCCGGUCGGGUGUUGGCUUCCAUCGGUACAUCUUUCUCGUAUUUCAGCAGCAAUCGUGGAACGAUUACUCAGAAGCACCCCGUGCCUCGAAUAAAAACCGAACGCCAAGGAUACGGUUCAGUACGCGAGAUUUCGCCCGUCGCUACAGCCUUGGCAGUCCGGUGGCGGGCAAUUUCUUCAUCGCCCAGUACGAUGACUUUGUGCCGGUAAUACUGGCCAGAUUUCCGGUGUCGGAUGAUUACUAGUUCUGUGACCGAUUACUUCAAAACAUGUUCAUGUGUUCAAGUGGCAACAACAGCACAACAUCGCUUCGAGCAAACCAACGAACCGCGUUGCAAAAAGGAGCAUACGAUCAUCGAUCAUAAAACUCAUUAAAACAACGCCAUUCAUUGUACUGUAAAAUGGACGACAUGUGUACAAAAUCUCCAUUCUCGGCCCUGUGUGUGUUACUAUUCGAUUACAGAUUCACCAUCCUGAUUGUGAUCAACCACUUGGCUGACGGGCAUCGUACACACGUGCCACCAGUGACCUUCCAAUGUUGACCGAUGCGGCACCACAUUGCGCUUGUGAUGUUGUUCGCCCUCUGUUCGCUCUGUUUACAUCCGCAAAUGGCUGAAAGCGUUGAAAUAUUAAAAUCGUUAAACCCUUUAAUCCCCGGUAGCUCGAAUAAAUAUUGAUCCCCGCUUUUCGGGUCAGCAAUUGUUGCGACCGGUACCGGUGGCAUGAUGAA